AUGGGAUCCAACCAAAAACUUGAUAUCAAUAAUGGAAGUGGGCCUGGUGGGCCGGUGCGGAUGAAUGGUUUACCAUCUAGGAAUCUAGCGGCCACUACGGCGAAGAUGAAACCAUUGAUACAAAGAAAGCAGUCUAAAGGAACUGUCAAGGCAAAGGUCAUACCAAAACAGCCUGUGACAUCCUCUAGACCUCAGAACAAUGGCAAAUCAAUUACAGUUGUUGAAAACAGGGUUCAGCCCAGCCGACGACCAUCUUCUGCAGUCGUCUCUCACGACGAACCCUGCGUCGCUUCCUCCGGCGUAGAAGCGGAAAAUGAUAAUGGAAGAGAAGAUUUGAGAAUUAGGUCGAUGGCAUUUUUGUUUAGGGACCUAAUCAAAAGCAUCAGUUUGUUAUAUGGUGGUGGAGGUGUACAAGAAUACUAUGUGAGGAAAUUUGGGAAUGAAGUAGACCGGUGGAGUUGUGAUAAUUUGCCUUGGUUUAGUUUUGGUUUAUAUAAAAUGUCUCGAAGGUAUGGCAGUUGUACAACAGUCUUCUCUCCUGAAGGUCGUCUCUAUCAGGUAGAAUAUGCGAUGGAGGCCAUUGGGAAUGCACGGAGUGCCAUAGGAAUAUUGUCCACAGAUGGGGUUGUGUUGGUUGGAGAAAAGAAAGUGACUUCCAAGCUUCUACAGACCUCAGCAUCCACAGAGAAAAUGUACAAGAUUGAUGACCAUGUCGCAUGUGAUGUGGCUGGAAUUAUAUCUGAUGCCAACAUCCUUAUUAACACUGCCAGAGUCCAAGCUUAG